AUGGAACCCUCUGACAUCGAAGCUGUACUGAACUUCUUCAGGAAAAACCAUCUUUCAGUCUCUGAAUCAGCACUCAUCCACGAUAUUCUCGACAAAUCCCAACUGGGUUCUUCGGAUUUCCAUAAUUUUCUAUUCCCACCACCUCUUUCACCUCUAAAGAUUCCCGGCCGUCCUCCGCCGCCGCCGGAAGAUCUUGAAACCUCCGACGAUUCUUCUGAUCAGGAGUUCGUCAGCUUGGGUUCUUCCACCACCGAUUUAUGCUCUUCAGAUUUGACAAACCCAUAUGGGCUCAAGACUUUGAUAAGGGCUAGCUCUCAUGCUUCAUCAGAUCUGUUGUCUCAAUUUGGCACGGCUCGUGAUUACCAUGAGUUCGACAUGCAAAACGACUUAUGCUGGUACAGCCAGAAAGACGAAGACUAUGCCAUGCCAUCUUGCUUUCACAGCUCAGAUCCUUUGGGUGGUCCAACGGAGGACAAAUUCGUAAUGACUUUAGAGAAAGAGAACCAAAUCGAUGAUCGAAUAUUAGACUCGUUAGAGAAAACUAACAGUCUUGAUAAAGCCUGCGACUUAAUAAAGUCUGCAACCUUAUGUAGCUCUCUAGAAGGUAUCGAUUUGAAUGGUUUUCAUGAUAUCGAUAUUGGGAUCAGAUCCAAGAAUGGUGUUUCCUGUUUCGAAGAGAAUGAUAGAAGUUCUAACGACUAUCUUAUUGGGGAUUCUAAAAUGAUCCAUGAGAAAGAUCUUGAAUUUAACAUAAAUGGUGAUUAUGAUGCUGCUAAAGUUGAAGAAACCGAUGCCAUUGAUACUAAUGAUGAGUCUUUAAUGAAUGCAAAUGGAGACGAAUAUGAAAUAUUCAAUUUAAGAAUCAUUCACAGGAAAAACAGGACUGGUUUUGAAGAGAAUAAGGAUCUACCGAUUGUUCUAAACAGCGUGAUCGGCUCCAGAUAUGUUGUUGCAGAAUAUCUUGGUUCAGCUGCAUUCAGCAAAGUCGUGCAGGCCCGCGAUCUCCAGACGGGAAUUGAUGUUUGUUUAAAGAUCAUAAAGAAUGAUAAAGAUUUCUUUGAUCAAAGUCUAGAUGAAAUCAAGCUUUUGAAGCUUGUGAACAAGCAUGAUCCUGCUGAUGAGCACCAUAUUUUACGGCUUUAUGAUUAUUUCUACUUUCAGGAACAUCUGUUUAUCGUUAGUGAACUACUACGUGCCAACUUAUAUGAGUUUCAAAAAUACAAUCGAGAAUCCGGUGGGGAACCUUAUUUUACGUUGACCAGGCUACAGGUCAUAACAAGACAAUGUUUGGAAGCUUUGGAUUAUUUACAUGGGCUGGGAAUCAUUCAUUGUGAUCUAAAACCCGAAAACAUUCUUAUCAAAAGCUAUAGCAGAUGCGAGAUCAAGGUUAUCGAUCUUGGAAGCAGCUGCUUUCAAAACGACAAAUUGUCACUAUAUGUGCAAUCUCGAUCUUAUCGGGCUCCUGAAGUUAUCAUCGGUCUUCCAUACAACCCGAAAGUUGAUCUUUGGUCUCUUGGUUGCAUCUUAGCCGAAUUAUCAUCUGGUGAUGUUCUAUUUCCAAAUGACGAUCUUGUGUUCUUGCUUGCACGAGUGAUCGGAAUGCUCGGGCCAAUUGAUACCGAUAUGCUUAUGAGGGGCCAAGAAACAAGCAAGUAUUUCACAGAUGAGUACGAUCUUUAUCGCAUAAACCAGGAAACGAAUCAACUCGAAUACAUAUUCCCACAAGAAACAUCAUUAGAGGAACACGUACAAGUUUCUGAUACACUAUUCAUCGAUUUCCUUAGGGAGUUACUUGAGAUCAACCCAAGAAGGCGGCCAACGGCUAGAGAAGCCUUGCAACACCCGUGGCUCUCGUUCCCAUACGAAACAUGAGUAUGAAUCCUAACCCAAAAGGUCCAGCAGGGUGUUGCUUUUUGAACCCCGACCUUUUGUGCUAAAUUCGAAAUUUUGAAAUAUGAAAAGGUACAUUCGAUAUUUAAUAUCGUUACAUGUAUGAGAAAAUUUAUCGGGAAAGGU